AUGGUUGCUCUGAAGUCCCUUCUAUUGGCUCUCACCGUCGUGACCGGGGCUCUUUCGGCCCCGGGAGAGUUGAUGAAACGACAAUCAACUCCUUCGUCAACGGGAACACACAAUGGCUACUACUACUCGUGGUGGACCGACGGAGGUUCCCAAGUAACCUACACCAACGGUGCCGGUGGCCAAUAUAGUGUUGUCUGGCAGACCGGUGGCAACUUUGUUGGAGGCAAAGGCUGGAAUCCUGGUGGUCCGAGGACGAUCACGUAUUCUGGCAGCUAUAACCCCAACGGCAACAGCUACCUCGCCAUCUAUGGCUGGACUAGAAACCCCCUGAUUGAGUAUUACAUCGUCGAGUCCUUCGGAACAUACAACCCUUCCAGCGGCGCCACCAAGAAGGGCACCGUUACCAGCGACGGCGGAACCUACGACAUCUACGUCAGUACGCGAACCAACGCCCCAUCAAUCGAUGGCACAAGGACCUUCCAGCAGUACUGGUCCGUCCGGCAAACCAAACGCGUCGGCGGAACCGUCACGACCGGCAACCACUUCAACGCCUGGGCCCAGGUGGGGCUGAAUCUCGGCACGCACGACUACAUGAUUGUGGCUACGGAGGGAUACUUCAGCAGCGGCUCUUCCACAAUCACCGUCGGUGCUUCGGAUAGUGGUGGCGGCGGUGGCACUAGCCCGCCUGUGACCAGCCCUCCUGUGACCAGCCCUCCUCCUAGCAGUGGUGGCGGGGAUGGAACUUGCGCUGCGAAGUGGGCUCAGUGCGGUGGCUCUGGGUUUACCGGAUCUACUUGUUGCCAGUCUGGUUCCACGUGCCAAGCCGCGAACCAGUGGUACUCCCAAUGCCUGUGA